AUGUCCACUCGUCCUUCUACCAGAUCAGUGCGACGGCACUUCUUGGUGAACGAGCUUCCAGUUUUGCAACAGACAAACCCCAACGAGGGCUCCGAACAAUUCCACCCGAUUAUUGAAGAAAAUGAGGAACAAUAUUACGACUUGGUCGCUCCAUACAAGGGUGACGCAGCCUCGCUGCAUUCUCUGGAGCGACAAGCGGACUUGAUGUUUUGCUCGGAGCAUAUGUUGGCGAUUCUGAAUAACCCGCGUUAUCUUGCGCGUUUCCGCGAGUUCCUGCACCAGGAGCCGCUCAAGGCUAUUGAGUAUGCUAAUGUGCUCGUGCGAUUGGCUGUCGACGUGCCUACGGCUGGUGUUGAAACGGCCGAGCAGCCUGUUGGUCCUACUGUUAACACUGCGCUUGAAGCUCGUGUGCAGACGGCAUUGGAUGCUUUGACUGCGGAGGAGCUGCCUGCUUUCAUCGCUUCCACUUGUAUCAGCAUUACUAGCAAAGUUGUUAAACAGCGUGUGCGCGGAACCCUCCCGGAUAAGUUCCAGGGUACUGCAGAUGCGCUGGCUGAGGUGUUUUGUUUGACGGAUCCGUCGCGGCCAGAUAAUCCUAUUAUCUUUGCUUCUGGAGAAUUCCAUCGCACUACUCAGUACGGUAUGGGCUAUGUCCUCGGAAGAAACUGUCGAUUCUUGCAAGGCCCAAAAACAAAUCCCAACAGUGUGCGACGUAUCCGAGAGGGUAUUAAGGCCGAGAGACACCACUCCGAGCUCUUCCUCAACUACCGCCGUGAUGGCUCUCCAUUCAUGAACCUCCUCCAAUGUGCACCUCUCUGCGACAGCCGUGGAAAGGUCCUCUACUUCAUCGGUGCCCAGAUCGAUGUCUCAGGACUAGCGAUGGAAGGCGCUCAGAUGGAAUCCCUACAAAAUAUCCAAGCGCAAAAGGAAAAUCCCUCAACGAACGGCUCCAUGACCAAAGAGUCAAAGAGCGAGUUCCAAGAACUAGGCGAGCUUUUCAGUCUCCGUGAACUCCAGAGCGUGCGCGAACACGGAGGCAACCUAUUCCAACCGAUCGUCACCGAAGAUCCAAAUCAUCGACUCUUCCUGCAAGAUUCCGAUACCGAGACCGAGGGCGGCACCUAA